GGACUCGGAAACCUCCACCACCGAAGCCCAGCUGCCCGCGGGGAGCAUCUGCCCUAACAGCUGGCUUGUCUGUCUGCGCUGCCGCUGCAGGAUGCUGACUGGCCUGUACGAGUGGUUUUGGAGGGAUGAGUACUGGUUCCCUCCUGGGUACUCAUGGGCUGACACAGAGGAUUCAGAUGGGGUCACCUACCCUCACCCCAGGGACCUGCUGUCAUCCAUUCCCAUAGCAUUGGUCUUAAUGGUCAUCAGAUUUGGCUUUGAGAGGGCCAUCGCGAUGCCUCUGAGCAGAGCUUUGGGUGUGCGUGAUCGACUCAGGAUCAAGGCUGCCCCCAACCCCAUCCUGGAGUCCUUUUUUUGGACCCACAAUAAGGAUCCGAAAGAGGGUCAGCUGAGUCAUCUGGCCAGCCAGUGUGGCCUCUCUGUGAGGCAGGCCCAGCGCUGGUUUCGGCGCCGGAGAAACCAGGAGCGACCGUUACUGAGCAAGAAAUUCUGUGAAUCCUGUUGGAGAUUUUUAUUUUACUUCUGUUCUUUCUUUGGAGGCUUCCUCGUGCUCUACAAUGAAACAUGGUUAUGGGAACCCAAGACAUGCUGGGAUAGAUACCCCUUCCAGCCUCUUCAGCCUGCCAUGUACUGGUGGUACCUCCUUGAACUUGGCUUCUACCUCUCUUUGGUGCUGAUGCUACCCUUUGAUAUUAAGAGGAAGGACUUAAAGGAGCAGAUCAUCCACCACUUUGUCACUAUCAUCUUGAUUGGAUUCUCUUAUUCUGCCAACCUCCUGCGCAUUGGUACCCUGGUAUUACUGCUACAUGACACAGGUGACAUUCUCCUGGAGGCCUGUAAAAUGUUUAAUUAUGCACAGCGGAGGCUUAUCUGUGACACACUCUUCGUCAUCUUUGCCCUGGUGUUCAUCGUUAGCCGGCUCAUUGUCUUCCCAACCAAAAUCCUCUACACUACCUACUAUGAUUCCAUGAUCCAAUUCAAGCCCUUCUUUGGAUACUAUUUCUUCAAUAUCCUCCUCAUGGUCCUUCAGGUUCUCCAUGUCUUCUGGUCCGGCCUCAUCAUCCGUAUGGUCUACAAGUUUGUUUUAGUUGGCAGGAUGGAGAAUGACAUAAGGAGUGACUUGGAAGAGCAGAACACAAGUGAUGAGCAGUCCGAGGCACCCCGACAGAAGAAUGGGAGUCUCCAACCCAGUGACAGAACAGACAAUUGUAACUUCCCCCGGGCUCGGGGUGCUCGGGGGGCUGGGUCCAGCCAGCUGGCCAAUGGGCACGUCCCAGCAACAUAGCCUGGUCUGGCUCAGGGCUAUCAGAUGGUUUGGCUCAGGGAUGAAAUCUGGAUGACUGGUCUGCACACUGAGGAUUUGGUUGUUAUGGGAAAUCUCCCAGAAUCUAAUGGAGCAUGGACUCCAUAGGCCUGGACUAGGGCCUUUACUUGUUUUUCCAUCUCAUCUCUGUCCCCACCUCUGCUGGACCUGAGGGAGGAGGAAGAAAGAUAGAAUCUCUGCAGAUUUGGGGGUGGGCUUAAUGAUCUUUCUCCUGAACAGCCUUUAUCCUGAGACAGUAUCCCUGGACUGGCUACUGAGGCCUUAGAAAGCCAGGGUGAUGGGGGAUACUAGGGAAAGGCUCCAUUUCUGCUAAUCAGGUACACCUGAGGAGAGAACUGAGGGACCCCUCAGAGCACCCCCUCCCCCUCCCCCCACCUCCCAGGGUUGCCCUACAUCCCCAUGGAGGCUAAGAAGGAGCAGGCUUCUUCCUGAGCCAGUGAGAGGAACCUGGGCUUGUAGGCCUGGGUCUGGAUUGGGCUGACCAGCCUAAGACCUCUCUUUCCAUCCCAGUCUGAAGCCUCACCUCUGCAAACCCUAGGGAACAGGGAAGCCCAUUCAGGAUAGGGAUUGGGGUGUGCAUCCUGGGUUUCCCCAGACUCAGAGAGGGAACAAUAAAACUUGAAUUGGAGUAGUUUUCA